AUGAGAUUUGCAGCUGAUAUAUCGCCAGCAAGAAAUUUUCUUUAGGCAAAUGCAGGCUAGCCAAGAGAAACUGGAUCAAGAUUUAAUGAGUUCUAGCCAUAUACAGUAGGGGCUUCAAGUGUAUCCAGAAAUCAAAAUGCUUCAAUCUUAAAGCCUAUAUCUCCCAACAUCAGCAUGAGUAGAAUAAAUGCUAGCAAUCAGAGAUAGGUUUAAUUUCAGUAGCUGAGAAGUAAUACCAGCAGAAUGAACCAUUCAAGGUCUCCAGUUUAUUUUGUUGAGCCCUCGCAGAGUCUCAAUCAUACCCAGCAUAACUAGUCAAGGAGUUUGCUAAAGAAUGGUAAUUUAGUUAAUCCUUUAUACAAGCAAAGGCAAGAUUUGAGUCCUUCUAGUCAAAUGAAUCUCUUACUGAAAAAAGAAAGAGAAUAUAAUGACUUCUAUGAGAAAAAAUCUUAUGUUAAGAAUCAAGGCUACUACAACAUUAUAGUCUCUGGAUUCAAUAAUAUUUAGAAAGACUCAAGUGCUUAUAACCCAAGCGUCAGGAGACUGGAGAACUUAAGCUUGCUAAGACCUAGAGAUGAGAACUCAUCAAUCAACAAGAAAAAUCAGCAAGAGUCAGAGAGAGAAAACUUGGCUUAUAGUGACCUUAGGAAGCAGAUCAUUCAGGAGUUUCUAUCCAUACCUAACCGUAGAGACAAGGAAAACUCUAGUAAACUAAAGAAUUUGAUCAUUGGAAAAUCACAAUUUGCCUAGAAACUUAAUUUCAACAAGACUGCUUCAAAUAUUUAUGACGUCUCAUAAAGAGAAAACGAGAUACCCACAUAUUCUCCCAUUGACUAGAAUAGAACUGCAGCUGCUUAAUAUGUUCAUGUCAGCAACUCUACCAGAGCUAUUCUCGUUUCAAAUGAUUCAGGACUAAACUAUGCUGAAAUUCAAUAUAUCAGAAGGGAGGACGCUGAAUAGGCUUUGUAGCUGAAUCUUAAGGAAUUUAAAAAUGAUUAGGCUUACUUGAUGAUAAGUGUAAAGUACAAAGAGUCAGACCCGCAGCCACUCAGACCUAUCAAUCAAAACCAUUUGAAGAGUGAGAAUGGAACUGGAGGUUUGCAAAAGAAAAAUCCUCACUUGUCAUUGAAGAAUGUAGGCUCUCUCAUCUAAGAUGAAAUCGAUGAUGACAGAAAUAAUGGAAAUAUCAUAACUCAACUCUUAGAUAAGAUUAUUGGAAUAUUUAUGGCAGUAUAUUGA